CUUCAACCAUCUUACACACCCGAGUUCGCCGUUGUCCCUCCUUUACCACUCGUCUCGCGAUCUCGCUCCCGGUUCCUUUCGACAGCUUCUAUUCUCCAGAUCGAAUUGUUGUCGUCAACUUUCCUGCGGCGUUCCCGCGCCUUGUCGGACAGCAACCCCCUUCGAUCUGCCUGGUUGAUUUUGGUCUCGUCGUCGGAAUUCGUCCCCCAUCCGCGCAGUGCCCAGCUGCUCAUCGCCUAGUGACACUCGCCCACCAUGAAUCUUUUCAGGUUACUCGCGGACCUGUCGCAUCUGGUCUCAAUCUUCAUCCUCCUUCACAAGAUGAAGGUCUCGAAUUCAUGUUCAGGCAUCUCCUUCAAAACCCAGGCCUUAUAUUUUCUCGUCUACGUGACGAGAUACCUUGAUCUCUUCUGGACCUUUACCGACAGCGCUUGGAACACCAUCUUCAAGCUGAUCUUCCUCUCCUCCUCCCUCUAUACUCUCUACGUAAUGUUAAACGACUACAAGCCGACCCACGAUCCGAAUCUCGACACAUUCCGCGUUUCCUAUCUGACCGGAGGCUCUGCGGUCCUGGCCUUGCUUUUCCCUUACCGCUAUACUCUCCCCGAAGUGUUGUGGGCGUUCUCCAUCUGGCUUGAGAGUGUCGCGAUUCUGCCACAAUUGUUCAUGCUCCAAAGGACGGGCGAGGCCGAGACAAUCACCACGCACUAUCUGUUUGCAUUGGGGAUAUACCGUGCCCUAUACAUUCCGAAUUGGAUCUAUCGGUGGUUUGCAGAGGGACAUUUUGAUCCAAUUGCCGUGGUCGCCGGUGUGAUACAGACUGUCCUGUAUUCCGACUUCUUCUGGGUUUAUUAUACCAAGGUUCUCAAAGGGAAGAGCUUCAAGUUGCCCGUUUAAAGGCCGUGCUCGUAUGAGUAAUUUGGGCGUACCCGAUCCGCCCCGGGACGAAACAUGCUCCUUUUCCCCUGGCGCACCGAGUGGACGUGCAUUCGAGAGCAAGACCAGGCGUUUGGAGGCGCCCGGGAUAGAAAAAGAAGGGCAGCUUUGACAAUGAAAACCUUGUAUACUUUGAAUCUGCCUUGCGGAAGGACAUUUUAUCACCUCAGCCAGAGGGCCCUUUUCAUCUUGAAGCUGGUGCCUGGGCCCAAAAAGCCAUGAACCGCAAUGUCGACCAUUUGCUGAGCCCUCGAUGAAUUUCACGUGGUUGCCAACGCAAAAAAACCAUGGGACUGAGAUUCGAAACUGGGUCGCGACCGUGGGGUUCUAGAGAGAAGCAGGCUGGACAAAGGGCUUGGUGGGGGGGGGGGAGCCCU